AUGAAGUCCAGGAUCGCCGAGCUCGAGCGUGAGAACGAGUCCUUGCGCCAACAGAUCAACCUUGCCUUCGCAGAACAAUCCACGCAACCCUCCCAGUCGCAGAGCAACAGCAGGGAUGACCUCUCCAGCAACCAAUCAAUACAAUGGGACCAGGAUGGCGAGCUAGGUUCCAUGAUUCUGGAAGCCAACUUCUUACCCCACGGGGAUCUCAAGGGUUACUCCAGCCUCGACUCGACGUCGACGGUAGAUGAGCUGUCAAGGCUACAAUUAUCAGCCGGUCUGGGGAGUGACGUGAGCUCAUUGUCUCAACUCCCAGAGAAUUUUCACACCCUUUCCGGAUCGAGUUUGGAUGCCAAAGAAGACACGAGUGCAAUGGUACCGCAUCCCAUGUUCACUAGGUGUACACAAGCCGGCAAUGCCGGCAAUGCCACCAAUGCGCUUCACCUGGCCACUGCGUCUGGCAAUAGCAAGUGUGUGGAGAUCCUGCUGGAACACGGCUUUGAUGUGAAUUCAAUCGACACCAAUGGACGCACCGCUCUCAUGCAUGCAUCAUCCUUGGGUAGCGCCGACUUGAUUCGCCUUCUCCUCGACCGCGGUGCGGACGGUUCGGUGCGCGCCCCGGACGGGUACACCGCGCUAGAAAUUGCGGCUCAGCUGGGGAAUGCAAAUGCUCUGAGUGCACUGCUGACGUCGCAACCCUCGAAAAUGAUGACCUGA